ACGCGAGUGAGCGAGAGAAACAGAAAAGCUCACACUUUGUCAGUCUGCGUGACGAUUUCUAACUAACUGAGCAAACUAGCUAGAGAGUAACAGCAGAACAUCAACCUGGAUACAGAAAUGAGUCUUACUUCUCUAGAAGAAAAGGUGCUCAGUGACCAGUUCUUUGAGCUAUGGAACCAAAAUAAUCUGCAGAUGCUACAUUUGGCGGCUACCCAAGGAUUUUCAAAGCUGUCUGAGCCUCUGGAGGCCUUACUAACAAUCCUGGAGAGCUGUCCGGGGAAACAGAAGGGUCGGAGCCACACCCUGGGCUAUCACAUUCUCAUGGAAUUCCAGACGUGGAUGAAGGAACAUCCUCAGGUGAGCCUGAGCUCUCUGGCUGAGGACAAAGCAGUGGAGCUCCAGCGACGGGCUCUUGCUCUGCUAACAGACACCCAGCCCAACUUUGUAGAGACUUUAAUCAGCAUCUACCAGCUUAAGACUUUGGCUCCUUCCAUACAAUGUAUGCAAAUUUACAAGCUCCAAGAUUUGAACUGUUAUAAAGAGGCAGUAGCUCUCAGCAUAAAGCUUGGAUUGCAGACUGAACUAAAUACAGAGGAGAUGCUUAUCCCUCUGAUUUUACAAGACAAGCUGCCUUUGGCAGAGGCCUUUGUCAAAGGACACAGACAGCUUGAAAAGCAGCUUGUUAUGUUACUAGACUCUUGGUGUCACCCGGACUUCAAUGUGGAGGACAUAAGAAAGAAGUUUCCUUGGCUCUCUCUGUCCACACACUACAUGGCACAGAUUCAACCCAAAAUGCUCACCAGACAUGUUGUACGGCUCAUGGAAAAAUUCAAAAUUGACCAAAGCCUCUGUCCAAAUGCUUUUCACAAGAGGAGACUGGAUUCUCUGCGUUAUCUUGUGUAUAAGACAUUUGGGGACAAAUCCAUGACAGAGGAGAAUUGGACAGAUCAUGUGCAAUAUGUGGUGGCAGAUGACCUUGAGCUUCAAGUCCAUUUGGUGGAGCUCUUGGUGAAGUACAGCAGUCUUCAGAAAGCCUCACAGUGGUCUCUGAGAUACAAUAUCCCUAAAAAUCGACUUUCUCAGGGGGUAUGGGAAAUGCAGCAGAGUCUGCCACCUGAUCGACAACAGAUAUGUUUGAACGAUCUCUCACAAGAGGAGUGGAUCCCACCUCAGUCUCACUGUCAGAAGUUUUACCAGGUGCCUCUCACCAGAGACAAAGUCUACUUUGUAGAUACGCUGGAAACUCUACAAAGAUGUCAAAGCAUUGUUCUCAAGGAGACUGGUGUAGUAGGAGUUGACAUGGAGUGGCAGCCUACGUUCGGCUGUGUCACUGCUCAGAAAGUUGCUCUGAUACAACUCGCUGUUCUUGACCAAGUUUUCUUAUUAGACCUUUGUGCAAAAGGAUUCUGUCGCCACCCCGAUCUAGUUGGUUUCAUCAGGGCCUUGUUUCAUGAACGAAAUAUUCUCAAGCUGGGUUAUGGUAUGACUGGGGAUCUCAAGUGUCUCUCUGCCACCUGGCCUGAGUUAUCAGAGGAGCCCCUGAAGAUGGAGGGAAUGCUCGAUCUUCUUAAAGUACACCAAGAGAUUCAGCGUGGAAAGGUGAAUCGAUUUCAAAAUGCCCCGAGAGAGGUCCUGGUUGGUGAGGACAGUUCAGAGAAAGGCCUCAGUUUGCUGGUGCAGCAGGUCCUGGGAAAGCCUCUGGACAAGACAGAGCAGAUGUCUAACUGGGAGAAGCGUCCACUGCGCAUCAGCCAAAUUAGAUAUGCAGUGGCAGAUGCCUACUGCUUGCUGGAUGUGUACUCGGCUCUGUCCAGGAACCCAGCGAGCUUUGGGCUGCCUGCUGACCUGCGCAGUAUCACUUCAGGCCAAUCAGAGACGAAUAAAGACAAGCAGAAGGAGAAAAGGGGCAAGAAGGCAGCACAGGAUUCUAGGAAAGAGGAAUGUCAGGGGGCUCAGAGGGUCAGUCCCCCUUAUUCUGACACACUGAAAGGCCUCCUGUGUGGCGAGCAGCCCUCAGAAGACACUCCGCCCCUAACCCCCCAGCAGUUGCGGGUGGUGUGUGACAACAUGCUGCAAGGACUGGGAAGAUAUCUGCGGUGUUUGGGAGUUGACGUGGUCAUGCUGGAAAACACUGAUGAUCACAGAGUGGCAGCAAAGUUGGCACAAGAUGAAGGCCGUGUCAUCCUCACAUGUGGUCAGCCGUUCCAAACUUUACGUUCCCAGGUGGGUGAAGGUCGUUGUCUGUCCUUAGACUGUUCAGAGAAGGCCAGAGACCAGGCUAUUCGAGUCCUAAGACACUUCAAUGUCCAGCCUACUCCAAGUGACAUAUUCAGCCGCUGUCAGGCUUGUAACAGCGAUGAAUAUGUGUCCAUUCCCAGAGCCGACAUGGAAACGAUGCUCAAAGAAAAAGGAUUUCUGCAGGAUCACAACACCACUGACCACAUGCUUGAGAAAUCCUGUCAACAGGAAGAGUGGAGGCCCGAUGACAUCCUGACCCCCAGCGUGACCCCUGAGCCCCCCAGGUACGCCGCUCAGUGUCGCUGGGCCUCCCUUUCAGGACUGGACCGCGACACCAUGACCUUUCCCGGGGGGUCGCCCAUUCAGCUCCACACUGUGCCCCCCGCCUUGCUGCAGAGGAUACCCCUGUUCUAUGUCUGCACCAGAUGUGGCAAGGUGUUCUGGGAAGGCUCUCACUACGGCCGUGUCCUCUCUUUGUUCCAGGAAGUCUUACACGUAACAGAAAAGGAUCACAUCUCCAUUGCUGGGCCAUUCAAUUGAUUCUCAUUUUUAUAUUUUCUACUAAGUUUUUAUUUAUACUAUUUGUCGAUAAUUCAGUUGUCUGCUCAGGUCUGUGUAUUUAUCUUUCAUGCAGUCUGUGUCUGAUGAAGGAAUGCCAGCAGUUCCAAGCCCAGGAGUUUUAGCUGAUAGAUUUAAGUCACGUUGUUGAUUUUUGACAAGAAAAGGUAUAGAAAGCAUCCUUGUCUAUUGGGACCUAAAGAUUUAAAUUAAAUUAAAAUGUUGAAAAAUCAA